AUGAAUAAAAGAGAAAAGCAAUUAGCUAUUUUGAAUGUGUUAAGGAUAAAUAAAGUGGGAAUUGGAGCUUUGUUGGAGAAUAAGUUGAAGAAGGAAAAAAUUGAUGACAUGAUGAUUAAACUGUUUUGUGGUUGGGAUUACUACAGCAGUAGUAACUCUGAAGGUCGUAUUUUAGUUCUUUGGUGGAAAUCAUUUACAAAGGUUCAGGUUCUUUUUGAUCAACACCAAUUGGUUCAAUGUUCAAUAAAAAUCACAGGCAUGCCGAUGGAGUAUUUGGUGACAUUUGUCUAUGGUCUCAACACUUUAGAAGAGAGAUUGGAGUUGUGGAGGGGAUUGUCUAGCAUACAUGUUAUAAAUAGACCUUGGUUGAUUAUGGGAGACUUUAAUGCUGUUUUUAAUUUUGAUGAAAGAGUGGGAGGGAGGACUAUUAGCGCUGCUGAAUUAAUUGAUUCUAAUGCCUGGCUUACCCAUUCCCAGCUGGUUUCUAUCAAGAGAAUUGGUUCAAAUUUUACUUGGUCCAAUAAACAAGAUGGAGAGGAUAGGAUUUAUUCAAAGAUAGAUCACGUGUUCAUUAAUGAAGAUUGGAUUGAUGCUCUGCCUCACUCUAUUGCAGAAUUUCAUUGGGAGGCCUUUUCGGAUCACUGUUACUGUCUCAUAAAAUCUCUCAAGAUGGGAUCGCUGGUCACUAAACCUUUCCGGUUCUUUAAUUUCUGGACAACUCAUAGAGGAUUUAAGGAGGUGGUUCUAGACAAUUGGAAUAAACCUUUGGCAGCAAGGGGUCUGUUGGGUGUGACUACGAAAAUUCUUAGAUUAAAGCAUGUUUUGAAAUCCUUUAGUAGAGAGGAAAUUGGAGAUGUUGAACAGAGAUAUCACCAAGCUAAAGGAGACUAUCAGCUGGCUCUCACUAGAGCUCAAGUUGCCCCAUCUGAUUUGGCUGCACAGGAGGCUGUAAAAUCAGCAGCUAUCCAAUAUCAAGAUUAUGCUGAUAGAGGCUACAUGGGCAGCUCUAGUUCAGCUAAUGGUUCAUUUAAUGUACAGUGUAUGGAGUUUGGGACUUGUCUGGAUAUUGAGUUGCAGCUGCGGUUGACUAGGGACUUUGGGAAAUUUGAUAUUAAGAAGGCUCUCCUAAGCAUUCCAAGCGUUAAAAGCCUAGGGCCGGAUGGAAUUGGGUCUGAAUUUUAUAAAACAAUGUGGCUGGAUAUUGGGGAUAGUAUAUCAGAUGCGGUUCUGGGAUUCUUUCGAGAUGGCAAAAUUCCUGAGGCUCUCAAUGAAACAGCGCUUGCUUUGGUUCCUAAAACUGAUUCACCUAGCCGAGUAGUCAACUACAGGCCCAUAGCUUGA